AUGUCGCAAAAAGAAACUGCGAAUACCCUUGAUGUGAACGAAGCAUCGUUCGAAUCAAUUGGAUUGCUCGAAACCAUAAAUUCAGUAGAUAGUGAGGACAAGCCUACAAAAGUAUUUGUCAAACUCAACGUAAACAAGCAAAGCCUAAAGUUUCAGGUGGAUACAGGCGCUUCGUGUUCUCUAAUCGGGUUAUCCACAUAUGUUCAGUUGGGAAGACCACCGUACUCGCCUACUCAGAAAGUUUUGAAGGCGUACGGAGGAAGCAUAAUACAACUGAGAGGCGUUAUUCAGGUUGAUGUUACUCACGGAGGAACUACCAAGAGGCUUCCAGUACUUUUAGUAGAGAGUGAUAAAGCCACAAAUAUUAUGGGACUCGAUUGGUUUCAAGCGUUAAAUUUUAGUUUAGUUAUACCCACCGAAGAGUGUUAUGCUAAUAAUUCCUACAUUACAGGUCGGGCAUCAGAAACAAGUUUGAUCGUUGAGCUGCAGCAACUCGCUCGCGAAUAUCAAAGGAUUUUUUCAGCGGAUUUGGGUCUUUGCACGACGUUCAAAGCUGAAAUUAAGCUCAAGCCAGAUGCUCGGCCGAAAUUCUAUAAACCAUACAACCUACCGUUUGCACAAUACGAUGAAGUCCGCGAUGAAAUAGAGCGGCUGGUUAAGGCAAAGGUCUUAACAGCAAUUAAAGCAAGUGAGUGGGCCGCGCCGAUAGUCGUGGUCAAGAAACCGAAGGGAGGUGUGCGUAUUUGUGCUGACUUCAAGGUAACGGUAAAUCCUCAAAUUGAAAUAGAUAGAUAUCCAAUACCCAGGAUAGAAGAACUCUUCCACAAACUGCAAAACGGUAAAUUCUUUACAAAAAUUGACUUAAGUGAAGCUUAUCUCCAAGUGGAGGUAUCAGAAGAAGCCAAAAAGUUUUUGGUAAUCAACACCCCAUUUGGACUAUACCAAUACCAACGUAUGCCUUUUGGUAUAGCUAGUGCACCGGGGCUGUUUCAGCGCCUCAUGGAGAAUGUGAUAGCCGGGAUCCCACAUAGUGCCGUGUAUCUGGACGACAUUAUUGUGUCGGGUCGAACCAACGAGGAGCAUCUGGACAACGUUAGAACCGUUUUUCAACGAUUAUUGAACCACGGGCUAAAGUGCAAGUUAGCAAAGUGCAGUUUUGCAAAAGAUCGAGUUGAGUAUGUGGGACAUAUCAUCGAUGCUAAUGGGAUACUACCGUCCGAAAAUAAAAUUGAAGCGAUCAAACUUAUGCCCCGACCGCAAAAUAUUCAGGAACUAGAAGCAUUCAUUGGAAAGAUAAAUUAUUAUAACAAGUUUGUGGGAAACUUCGCAAGUAUUGCCGCCACUUUAAACAUCUUGAGAAGGAAACACAACCACUUUAAAUGGUCUUCGAGUCAAGAAACCGCUUUUCAAUCUCUGAAACUGGCAAUCAUUAAAGCUACGCAGCUGGUACAUUACGAUGACCGUCAACCUAUAAUACUGGCUGUAGAUGCCUCAAAGCAUGGCAUUGGUGCUGUGAUAUCACAUCGCUAUUCCGAUGGUUCGGAAAAACCAAUUGCACAUACGUCUAAAACCCUCAACACCAGUCAAUUGUGA